AUGCAGCUCCGCUGUGUGCUGUCGCAGGAGGCCGCGCGCCCGCCCAGCGCGGCGUCCACGCCCCCGCCGCAGUCGUCGGCCGGCACCGGCAGCGCCGUCGACUCGCCCUUGGCGUCCGCCGCCUCUUCCUCCUCGGCGCUGCCUCCCUGGCAGCAGCUGCAGCAGCAGCAGCAACAGCAGGCGCUCGUCGACUUCGAGGCGCGCGCCUCUUCGGCGGCGACGGCCGCGCAGCUGCAGCAGCAGUCCGCCGCGGCGCUGCUGUCGUCGCGCCUCGUGCAGAGCCAGAGCGCGCCCGCGUCGGGGCUCUCCGGGCUCGCGGGCGGACCCGCCGCCGCCGCCGCCGCCAACGCCGCCGCCAGCUCCCGCCUGCCGCGCGCGCAGAACCCGACCAUCACGCUGCUGCAGAAGGCGCGAGAGGGUCAGUUGCCCAAAGGUGCACACUACUUGGAUAGAAUGAGCUCAAGAGAAAGUGAUAAGGAAUUGAAUCUUGGUCAAAAUGAAAUAAUGUACAGUGUGAAGAAAGAGUACCAAAAGGAAACUGAAUCAGGACAGAAGAAAAUAAUUGAGCUGGCCCCUAGAAAAUAUGAAGGCAUUGGUCCAACAACAAAAGAUGGGAUUCCAAUGGUUCUGCGAUCUAAUUUAUUUGAUAUUAGUAUUUCAAAUUGUAAUUAUACUAUUUUUGUCAAACAGGAAGUGAAAGAACCAAAUCAAGCUAAAUGGUACAAACGAAUGUAUGACUCGCUGCAUAAAUCUGGCAAAGACGACGAUUAUAUCACUAUCCGAUACAAACCAAGGAGAGGUCACUAUCCAUACACGUCUGCUGGAGGUUAUCUGUCAGAACCUGAGCCACUGGGUUACGAUUCCGACAUUGGCUACACUGCAAAGUAUGCCACACUCGAUCGCCGACGAAUUAAAAAUAAAGAAAACGAUUUUACUACAAGCACUUUACCUAGAUCAAAAUAUAUUCCACAUGCUGCAGCAAUUAAAUAUGGCAGUGAUGUUUAUAAGAAUCAACCAGGAAGAAUAGAAGACUAUGAACCUGGUCAUUCUUCUAUAUCAGAUAAAGAAACAAAACAGUGGUGGGAUGAAGUUCUGGAUAUAUUUGAUGGGCAAAGAAACCAGACUGAUCUAAUGUGUUUUUGUGCUUUCUUUUCUGUUUAUCAUCCAUGGAUUAUUAAGUGGUUGGACACACAUGCUCCAUCUUCUAAUUAUCGCUCAUUACUGGCUGACAGCGUAUACCAAAGAGAUGUUUUGCUGCAUAUAUUGCUGCUGCUCGCUCAAUCAGAACAGAAGAUGAUGCCAUCUGCAUCAUCAGGGAAGCCUUUCAUGUCUUAUGCUCUGAAAGAAUCAGGCUAUGAAAGUGAUUCUACAUUAGUGUUUAAACGUCGUGAUGAGAAUCUACAAAACCAACUGAGUCCUGAGCAGCAGAAGCAGGCCUACAAAACUAUUCAACGGGGUGGAGAAGUACCUCUGCAUGGCCUGCGUAAACCAGCACCUGAGCGACCAAAAGAGCUAGGCGAUACUGAAUUAGAAUACUUCCCCUUGUCCCCGCACCUGACUCGGAUCCGCGUUCACAAGAAGGACGCCGCGCCGCUGCGGGAGAUCACGUGCUACCCCGUGAGCACCUCUGUGGUACAGUAA